UUUUCUAAACCCACACGUUAAAUCACCCGUGACGGUGGGCAUCUCGGGUGACUGGGGAAUGGGCAAGUCCAGCUUAAUGUUGCAGACGGAGAUGCUUUUGCUGCAAGCAGCAGCUCAGCUAACGUUUCCAGAUAUUCUACCAAUUGAAGAGUUUCCAGGGUCCAAACAGUUCGAGCUAACUCAGAAAGGUCGAAAAAAAUACAAGAAAGUUAAAAAAGGAGUGAAAGAAUUAUUGCCAGCCUCUGAAAUAGCCAAUAUUGAUGAGGAUCCAUUGGUGUAUUUUCUCGACAACUAUCAAGACAAGUACCCUCAAGUGUAUAAAUCAUUAGCGCUCAUGGACCGCGGUGAGCUGUUUCGUUUGAAGGAUGAAACAUCAGAUUCAAGUAGCAGUCUGGCCUCAAUGUUUGCUAUGUCUAAGCUUCGUUUGAAGGGUAAAACAUCAGAUUCAAGUACCAGCCUGGGCAAGAUUCCUACUAUCCUGACAGUUCGCUAUAACGCGUGGUAUUACCAAAAUGAGUCAGAAGCACUGGCAGGCUUGGCUAUUACAAUAUCAAAGGCCAUGGAAGAAGCGAUGACUAAAUCCCAGAGAAUUAGGUCUUGCUGGAGAUACACAUUGAAGGAAAGAGGAGGCGAAAUAGGCUUCCAAUUUCUUUUACCGUGCAUCCUGGCCCUGUUUCUUUCAGGUUGGCUUACUUGGGCGUUUUGGAUGUUGUUAAGCAGAUUGAAGCACAGCGAGCUGCAAGACUUAAAAUACGGAUCCAUUCCUGUGACUCUAGUUGUUGUUUUUUGGACCGUAAUGAGACAACUUUAUUCUGUUUUCAAACCUGUUAGUGUUCAAAUUAUGGGAUAUGUUAGCCUACCUGACCACAGCAAAAAUCUUGGUUAUCAGCAUCAAGUGAUAUCUGACAUCAACUUUUUAAAACAACAAAUUCGGCAGAAACCGUCUUUGUUCUGGAAAUUUCUUGCUGGUAAUUGGUUAUGGAGAAUGUGUGGGCUCUAUCUUGACACUAUUGAAGGUAUAUCCAUUCCGAAAACACCCCCGCCUUCCAAAGAUGAUAUCCGCAUUAUUGUCUUCGUUGACGACUUGGAUAGGUGCGAAGACACCGUUAUUUUACAGGUGCUUUCUGCAGUUAAUUUGGUCUUGGCAGUUUGUGAGAUUAAUGUGAUUCUUGGAAUGGACAAGAAAAUGAUCGCAAGAGCAAUAGCACAUAAAUAUCAACAUCAAUACCAAGACAAUGCUAAUUUAAAAAUAAAUCCAGUAGACUUGGCGGAUAAAUACUUAAGCAAAAUAGUUCAGCUGCCAUUGGCCUUACCAGAUUCGGGCAACGAGGAAAGGAUAGAGUUUCUAAAUCAGCAGUUGGGAGAGGAGUUCAUGGAAAGUGGUGACGACGGAACAGAGGAGAGCUCACAACAUUCAGAAGAUGCUCAGCUAAUUGAUACACAAAUCUUUCAGCACGAACGGCCAGAGCGUUUAUCAGAUGCUCAAUCCAGAGAUGAAGAAAACCGUCUAAGAAAUCCUCCAGAAAGCGGCCUAGAGAUCAAGUCAAUAAUUUCCUAAUUACUCGACCGUUUGAGAGCAUUGAGGAUUAAGCUUUGCAAACGGACAUUUUCAGAUGCUCAAUCCAGAGAUGAAGAAAACCGUCUAAGAAAUCCUCCAGAAAGCGGCCUAGAGAUCAAGUCAAUAAUUUCCCAAUUACUCGACCGUUUGAGAGCAUUGAGGAGUAAGCUUUGCAAAUGGACAUUUUCAGGCCCUGAUGAAAGAAGGUCGAAACUGAAAAGCAUGCCAAUAAAUAGCCAGUUGAUUCUGCCAAGCUACAGCGAUGAAGAGAGGAAAGCAAUGGUUUUCUUGAGCACACAAGCAAGCGAUGGCCCACAACUUCCUCGUGAAUGGAAAAGAUUCCUCACAUAUCAUCGUCUAGCGUGGAAUGUCCUUUUCCGAUUCAAACAAGUGAAACACUUGCGAGGAUGGCAGGUCCAACUUCUUGUAUGGAUAUUCUGUUGUUGGCAAUGGAAAGACAAUAUGAACCGUAUUAUAGAGAACUGGAAGGAGCUUGUGUCUAUAGAGGGCGGCACUGUAAAUGAUGAUGACCCCUCACUCAAAAUUAUUGUUGAGCAUUGCCUUGACAGAAUUGUUGAGCAUUGCCUUGACAGAAAAGUGGAAGAUAAGGGGAACGACAAGUGGCGGUUAAUGAUUAAGACUUUGGACGAAUAUGAUGUUUCCUUGAAGAGCAUUCAAUCUUUUCAAAAGUUUCGUCUACAUUGUGAGAUUGGAUAUCUCCCUCCGCCUCCUGCAAAUGCCACAGAGCCAAUGAGGAGUAACUCCGUCCGGGAACAUCCCUCACUAGGCUCUAAUUUGUCUUCGAGGUAGAGGGAGAUAAGAGUUGAUGGAGACAUGCAACAGUAAUAGUGCAGACAUUCACCGUUAUGUUACAUACAGGCAAUGAAUAUUUGAAUCCCUAAAAACUUAACAAUCUAGUUUGAAAAAUUCUAACUGAAAAGCUAUGUUUUAUUUUUCAUUA